CACACCAAUCGACACCUAUAACUUUGAGAGAGACACAUAUACACAAGUACAAACCCCUCUCUCUCUCUCUCUCUUGUUUCUCUCUCCUCCACCAAAAUUAGCGGUUGUCGAUAGACACACAGUAUGUAGAUACAACAAUACCUAUACAUACAGUAUAGGUUUUUAUAUUUUGUACAUAACAACUGUGCCACCACAACACUCUGGUAAUAUAUGUUAAAAAACCUUUAUCUUUCUUUCUUGGCAUUCUUAGAUUCCUUUUAUCAUCACCCCCCCUCUCUUAUCUCACAUUAUUUUCCAUCUAAUCCUAAAUUUGUGUAAUACAACCGUAAGUAAAUAGCUGGGUAUUUGCUCUUUCUAUUGAUUAAUUAUCGGAAUGUGGGGUUAGAUUGGAAUAAUUAGGUGAAUUUUGGUUUGAUCGAUUGUAAUAAUUUGGUGAAUUUCACAAGAAACUCUGUGAAAUCUUUGGGUGCUUUUUUUUUAGUUGCAUUCGAGAAUUGAGGGUUUUCUUGUUGAAUUAGGGCAACUGCCUUUUUUUUUUUUACCCAAUAUUUUUUGGGUAUUGGGUUAAUAUGACCGUGAAUCGAGAAGAAACAUUUUUAGCUGGACCCAAGUUUGAUAAUAGGCUUUUGGAUAAAGAAUGCAUAAAUGAGAAGCUUGAUUGUUUUGGUGAUUUUUGGGGUUUGAAUUGUGAAAUUGACAACUUCCAUGAUCGCGAAUCGGGAAAAACUGAGAUGGUUUGUGAUGAUAUUAGUGAUUUUUGGGGGUUGAAUUGUGAAAAGGGAAACCUUCAGGACCACAAUGAUGAAAACAGAAAUAUGGGUGUUGAUGAUAUUGUUGAUUUGUUGCCUCGGGAUCCUUUUGAUAUGGAUAUUAGUACUAAAGUUACGGCCUUCACGGGUUGGUUAGAGGAUUUUAAUAAUGAUUUUGGGUUAAAUAAUCUUGGUUUCCGUACGGAUGAUGCUCAAUUGUUCGCGGAACUUAAUAUUGUUCUAAAUGGGGCCAUGAGAAUUCACCAGGAUGUUGGUGAAAACUCGUAUGUUUCUGAGAUUGAUAUAGGAGAGGGAUUGCACGAUUCGUUUGGUUGUAUGGAUGUUGAGAUGGAGGAUAUUAUAAGCUCCAGUUAUUGGGUUUUUAGAGAUGCAGCUCAUGAAGAUCAAUCGGGCAUGAAUGAUCAUUGUGGUGCUCCUUCGGAUGCGCUGUAUUUGGCCCUUAAUUAUUUAGGCUUAAGGGACCUUCUUUCUGUUGAAAGAGUAUGCAAAGGUUUACGAGAUGUGGUGCGUAGUGAUCCACUUCUGUGGAGAAAUAUUCACGUUGAUCAUCCAUUGAGUGGUAAGAUCACAGAUGAUAUUCUUGUAAAGUUGACGGACAGGGCUCAAGGCCAUCUUCAAUCUCUGAGUCUUGUGCACUGCGCAAGGAUCACUGAUAAUGGUUUGAAUUGUGUGUUCGAAAGGAAUCCUAACCUGAAAAAGCUUAGUGUCCCAGGAUGUGGGAGACUCACAGCUGAUGGUAUUCUCCGUAACUUAAAGAUCUUAAAGUCUGCAGGAAAACCCAGACUUAAGUACCUUGGGAUUGAUGGAUUAUUUGGUAUGACACACCAACACUUCGAAGAGUUCAAGGUCUUGUUAGGUGUCGAUAGCAGCAAGUUGCCAUCUAAUCGUAAACCACGGUUUUUCCAAGGCGACCAGUUAUCUGUGUCUUCUGAUGAUGAUCACGCUAUUGAUAUUGAAAUAUGCCCGAAAUGCCAGCAGCUUAGAGUAGUCUAUGAUUGCCCCUCAGAAAGUUGCCAAAAGAAGAAAUCUACCGCUCAGUUGUGCAGAGCUUGUACUAUCUGCAUUAAACGUUGUAUCAACUGUGGGCGCUGCUUAAAUAAUUGUGAAUAUGAGGAAUUAUUCAGUUUCGACUUGCUUUGUUUAGAUUGCUGUAGGCAAGUUUUGGAUCGCCAAGAGAGACAGGAGAGGGUUACUGUUCCACUGGAAAAUCCUGUUCCUCAUAAGCAGACAAACUGCCAUUUCUUCCUCUGUGGCUAGAGCAUGCAGUAGGCUAUGCUUCUCGUGCCUUUAAGCAUCAAAUCAAAUGGAGCUCUUGAUUAUUCUAUAGUUACUGGUUGUAGUGCCAUUGGAAGGAAAAAGAUGGCAGAUGUGAAGCUAUCUCCUACCAGGCAGGCUUUUUACAGUAGUGAAAUUCUGAAGUAAGUAAAAUGCGGGCAGGGUGGAGCUCCGCAGAGGGUUCGACUCCUUACACAACUCGCAUUAUAGUGGUACCGAGUGUUGAGAUUGAGAGAACGGUGGAAUUAUAUGUGUGUGUAACACAACUAUCCCCACUAGGUGAUUGAGAGGAGGAAGUUCAAUGAAUGGCGAAUAACUACAUUUUAAGUCUGAAAUAGCCGUUGAACUAGGCCAUCGAUCACCAAGUAGAUCCGCUGGUCCAGGAAGUAAACCACGCUUCUUGGUGAAGCUAAGGAAGAAAUUUGUCAUCAGUGUUGAGGUGAUGCGAGGUGGUGUGCACUUGCUUCCAGUUCCAGUUUAUUAUAUAUCAUUAUUGUAAAAAUGAAGUAUCUGCUGUCGCUAGAACCACCCGUAAUGCAUUCCUCAUCUUCAAAGCCUUCAAGAGAAGGUGAGGAGAGUACUGGCUUUUCUAGAAGGCCAAAUAUGAUCAUUGAGCGGUCUCUCAUGCUUGAAAUCAGAUCCACAAGUGCCAAUACCAAAGCUAGGCACAGUUCUCGCUUGACCUAUUAUCUUCCCACAUAACCUGCAACUAAACGCCUCCGCUUCAUGCUUCAUUUGCAGUGGGUUUGAAGUGUUCCGAAGUCGUUCAAUGGCUUUGAUAGUUGAUGCUUGAUAUUGUUCUUAGAGCCUGGCGCACAGCUGCGGGGAAGCCUUAGCUUUGUUGCUGGUUGUGUUCCUCUAAGUGAUCAUCUGUAUCUGUAAGCGUAGUUUAUUUAGUUCUCGCUUUAUCCCAAACCAUAUUACAGAAAAAUUCUUGCUUAAAACUUAAAAAGAAGUGUGCUGUAGCUGAUGUUGUGCAUGUAUUUCUCAAAGCCUUAGUAGCAUAUGCUUAUGUAAUCAGCUCACAGUUUAUGAAACAGUUGAUCUGAGGUUUUGGGUACUAAAUAAUACUAUAGUAUAUUACUAUUCCAAGUCA